UGUUCGUCGCUCGUCGGUUCGUAACUGUCAUCUCAGAAUUCUCAGACUGGAGCGAUCUUGUUCUUUGUAUUCUAUUUAAUUAAUUAUUAUUCACUUAUAGAAAAAUUACAAAACCUUGAAAGAAAACAGUAUUUAUUAUAUAUUCUAAGGAAUAUAAUACGAUAGUACAUUCUUAUUUGAAACAUUAAGAGAAAUUUACAUGAAAAAAAUAUGAGUACGAAUAAUAAUAUGAAAUUUAUUCCCACGUUUGUUAAAACAAGUGGGACGAAGAGCUACACUUCGAAAUUCAAGUUUCAACAUUAUGAACUCAAUUGGACAAUAGAAGAUUUUGAGUUGAUUUGCAGAAGCGUCAAAAAAAUUGAAUCACCUAAAUUCACAUCAGAAAGUUUAACCAAUUGCCAAUGGUUUCUAGAGUUGGAACCUACAUGUUUGACGGAAGACAAUGAAAAUAAAUUUUUAAUUCGUUUAAAAAACACCGAAAAUAAUAAAGCACGUGUUAAUGCUAGAAUUUCAUUUUUCGACAAUCAAUCGGAAAUUCGAUUCAUUCACUCUUUUGUAACAAUGAGCGUGGUGAAUUCUGAAAUUCUUUUCUGGAAAAUGAGUGGAUCUGAAUUAUGUAAAAAGUUCGGCAAAGCUGUACCCAAAGAUGUUCUUCUCAAAUGCAAACUUAGUGUUUUUGAUUCACUAACAACUGUUGAGGAAGAACCGCCAGUAAAGCGCAGAAAAUUUAAUGAUUUAAUGGAAAAUAUGACAAGUUUACUCAGCAAUGAAAAUUUCAAAGAUGUUAGGUUCAAACUAGAGGAUAAGGAAUUCACAGCCCAUAAGACGAUACUCGCCAUUCAAAGUCCCGUCUUCGCUGCGAUGUUCAACAACAAAAUGAGUGAAGAACUAACGUCGACUGUUGAAAUAAAGGACAUAAAGCCGGAAAUAUUUCAACAAAUGCUGAAUUUUGUCUACAAUGUCGAAGUUGAAGACUUGGACAAAGUGGCACUGGAAUUAUUUUACGUGGCUGAAAAAUACGAACUGAAGGAUUUGAAGACUAAUUGCAUCGACAAUUUACAAAAAAAUCUAUCUGCAAAAACAGUUAUUAAAACUCUUGACAUGGCCGAUUUGUAUUCACUCUCAGAUUUAAAGUCCGAAUGCCUAAAACUAUUGUCAACGAAAUGGGAUGUAAUUAGUAAGAGAAAAGAGUGGAAAAAUCUUGUAAAAAAUCGAUCUUAUUUAACAGUUGAAGUUGAAAACAUGCGUCAAAAAUUAAAUAAAAAGGAAAAUGUCGAAACGGAAAGUAACAAGUCUUUAAGUUUGUCUUUUGUUUUCCGUGAUUAAAGUUUAUUUUUUUAAUUAUUUAAUAAUUAUUCGUCGCCGUUAUUUAGUGUUAUAAACACAAAAAUAUAUAAAUAUUUUAUUGAAAUAAAAAUCCAAUAAAUAUUAGAACAAAAAUUACUGUCAACUCUUAAGUCUUCGUGAAAUCAAAAAUGUGAUAUUUCUUUACGUAUUAAUGGUAUUAAUAAUAAUUGUUAAGUCUUGAAAAUCGUAAAACGUAAAUCGUAAAUCGUACGAUUUACAUGAGAGUAAAUGAAAGAAACAUUUCUUUUCUAUCUCACCAAGUAAAAUUUACAAUUUACAUCUUGAUUUUCAUUGUACUUCGGCCCAUUACUUUAUAAAUCGUUUUGUUUACUCUUUUUUAAAUUAAGAGUUAUUUAAUACAUAUUGCUUAAAUUAAAGAAAUGUUUUCAAAAAAAGAUUGUGAUUUAAGUUAAAAGUUACUUAGUUGUCUUUUGUAAGUCAAAUAAAAUCUGUGAAUUGUAUAAGAAAUAAAAAACUAUUUCUAUUGAAA